GGCGCCAUGAAGAGCCCCCGGGAGGCCGGGGAGCCGCCGCCAGUUGACUGCAUCCAGCUGAACGUGCCAGUCAUUCAGCAGUUGUACCACUGGGACUGUGGGUUAGCCUGCUCCAGGAUGGUGCUUCAGUACUUGAAUCAUUUGGACAACGAUGAAUUUCAGAAAGCCAUCCAGGAACUCCAGUUAACAAAGAGUAUCUGGACUAUUGACCUAGCCUACCUAAUGCGGCACUUUGGUGUUAAGCAUAAAUUUUGCACCCAGACGCUUGGAGUGGACAAGGGCUACAAAAAUCAGUCAUUUUACAGGAAGCACUUUGACACAGAAGAGAAUCGAGUGAAUCAGCUCUUUGCACAAGCCAAAGCCUGCAAGGUGCUGGUAGAGAAGUGCACAGUAACUGUUCAAGACAUCGAAAACCACCUGUCCCAAGGUCAUGUGGCCAUCGUCUUAGUGAAUGCAGUCCUGCUAUUGUGUGAUCUUUGCUCAAGUCCUGUCAAAUACUGCUGCUUCCUCCCCAUUGGACAGAAGUGCUUCUGCAGGAAUCCUGACUACCAGGGCCAUUUCAUUGUGUUAUGUGGCUACAACAAAGCCUCAGGGAGCAUUUACUACAACAACCCUGCCUAUGCUGACCGAACAUGCUGCACCAGCAUCAGUAACUUUGAGGAAGCCAGGACAAGUUACGGCACUGAUGAAGAUAUUCUGUUCAUCUACACAGACAGCUGACAUCCACACCUGGGUUUAAAUACUUCAAGAGAACUGAAAGAUAAAGAAGCAAAGCUGUUUACGCUAAUAGAGACAAAAGGAGAGCUCCACCAUUGCAACAGGAUCUCUUACAGCCACCAAAGGGAACACAGCUAUGAGAGAUGACAACACAAGGAAGAAGCAAAAGCCAAGUGAAAAGACUGAGUAUUUAUAUGACACAAAUUCAGAUUAAAAAGAAGCUCACUGUGCAAGCAUUCAGAACAUCCGCGUUUUCUGAAACUUUGUUUCCCAUUACAAGAUUGUCUAUCAAAAUACUCAUUCUGAAGAUGUUUUGUCACUUUGUUUCCUUCAUGAUGUCAAUAGCAAAGGAAGGGGUAUUUUACAUGCAGGGAUUUUAUACAUAAAUAUAUUUUUAUUUGUAAUUAAGCCAUUCUCAAUAAAGGUUUAAAGUCACAGAUAACC